AUGGUUGCUGCGUCACCCUCGCCUGCCCUAAGUGACGAGUCUGUUGGCAGUGAGGAGACAGCACCGAUGCACUACGACUUCCUGUUGUCUGCUCUGGAUCUAGCCCGCGGCACACAGCAACCGCUUCCACGACAAUCCGCGCGUCGCUACUCAAUGACUACCCAGCACCUGGAGUUGGCGAGGUUGGUUGAUGGACCAGUGUGGAAGGAGUGCGAGCGACUUGACGAUGUGGGUUUCACCACUGUGAAGGUGGAUCCAGAGGUGGUUGCGGAAGAGGCUGUUUGGUGUCAGGCAGUGGAGUGCCAGAUUUUCACAGCUUCCUUGGUUCCGCCAACGCCGUGUUCAACGGACUCGUUGUCCUCCACCUCACCGCCAUUUGUCUUCCACGCGCCGAGUGGAGAGUUGGGGGUCGCGGCCCGAGUGUCGCCCGCAGUCGAUUUCCAGUCCCUUAACCCCUGCCCACUGAGUAAUCCCCCGGACCCACUUUGGUCCAACUCUGUUUGUCUCGACAGUGCCAGGUUUUUUAACAUUUUAUGA